UCGAAUGGGAAGCGUUGCUAUGGGGAUCCAGCUCUGCUUCGCGGCCGGGCUGCCCGCGCGCCUUUUUCAAACCGCUUCUCUAACCGCCGUGCAGCCAGCCAGCCAGUCAGUCCGCCGAGCUCGGACACCGCAGGGUCUCUCCGCCCUCCAGCCGUGCGGGCCAGCAAUGACCCUGUGAGAGAGCUAGAUAGACAGAGAGAGCGGAAGGCCUGGUGGAUGCUGUCACGACCCUGCAUCUAGAUUACUUCAUUUUGAUUUGGAAAAUCAGUAACAAUGAGUACAGCAGCAGAAAGGAAGUUUAUCAAUCUUCGGAAGCGCCUUGACCAGCUGGGAUACAAGCAGACACUCGGUAUUGAGUCUCUACCUUUAGUGGAAAAGCUUUUCAGCGAUCUUGUUCACACAACCGAAAGUCUUCGUAAUGUUAAGUUAUCAGCUGGUAAGACAGAACAAGAGAGGAAAAACUUUGACUCUGUAAUAGAACCUUACAAAACUGAAAAUGCCAGACUAGUCCGGGAGAACAAUCAGCUGCACCUAGAACUCUUGAAACUGAAAGAAGACUCUGAUCGGCAUAUCAAAGAUUUAAAAGCUUCCCUAAGAAAAUUUGAACACCAGACAGCUGACCUAAAGUUCUUGAAUAAUCAAUAUGUCCACAAGAUUCGCUCCAUGGAAAAAGACAGUAAAGCAAAGUUAGGGAAAAUUCAGGAGUUGCAAGAAAAGAAUCUGCAGGCGGUUGUACAAACACCAGGUGGCAAGAAAAGAAACAUACCUUUCAGACGACAGCGCAUGCAGAUUGAUCAGCCAUUGCCAUAUGAAACCACUAGUCGCCCUGUUCCACAGUCUGAGGACCCUUAUGUUGCAGAUCUGCUGCAAGUGGCUGAUGACAGGGUCCGAGAUUUACAAAAAGACAUGUCAAUGUUAAAGGAUAAGCUGGAUAUAGCAGAAAGAACUGUUAAAAAUCUUAACCAGCAGGUUGAAUCACGAGACAGAGAAAUAGAGCGUUUGGCACUGGCUCUGGAUGGUGGGCGUUCGCAUGAUGUUAUUUCUCUAGAAGCCAGAUACAGAAGUAAUGAGAAGCUUGUUGACCAUUUAAAUCUUCAAAUUGAAUGCCUCCAGCAAGCAAACAGAGAUCUUGAGAAACGCAUUGAGAACCUCUUGGAAACACGGCAGAAUGUGACCUGCGAGGUGGUAAAUCUUAGCACCAAGAAUGAUGAACUAUGUAAAGGGCUCACAGAAAUAGAUCAAUUAGCUCAACAGCUGGAGCGAGACAAGGAGAUUGUUCUAGAAACAGCAGAUGCUGAAAUUCAAGAGGCAAAGGUUGAAAUAAAAACUCUACAAGUUGAGGUCCAAAAACUUGAACAUGUGAUAUCAAAUUUGAAGUGUGACUUAAAUACAUGUGAAUUUGAGAAGAAUAAGCUUACUGACGAACUGGAAAAAAGAAAAGAUGAAUACCGUAGGUUAGAGUCCCUUGUGAACCACAUAGAGCAUGAAAAGAGGAGACUUUCAAAUAAAGUGGAGAAGCAGAUGAUGACCGAACGGGAACUGGUUUUAGAAGUGGAGCGAAUGCGGACACAGUAUGGCAUUUUGCGUACUGAUCGCUCACCUUCUCGACUAGACUCCUUUGUAAAGACCUUGGAGGAUGAAAGGGAUUACUAUAAAACUGAAAUGGAGAAACUGGAGCGCGUGGUUAAUCUGAAAUCCAGUGUUCUUGGACAUUCAAGGUUGGAAAGCAGCAGGUCUCCAUCUUCACCAGACAAGGGUGCUGGAUUUAAUUCAGAACUAAGGCGGAUAACUAGAGAGCGAGACGAUCUACAGAACAUGCUUGAUCGGUUUGAGAAACAUAUGGCGGAAAUUCAGCUUAACGUCAAGUCGCUGACAGCAGAAAGAGAUAAGCUCCGUCUGCUUUAUGACCAGUCUCAGAAGGAGUCGAUUGUGCUAAAAGAUGCACCACAUAAAGAAUAUCAAGAUGAGCUGCUUCAUGUUGAAGAAGAAAAAAAUCUUGUUGUUUCAGACUUGCGGAGAGUCACAGCAGAAAACGAAUGUUUAAAGGACGAGCUUACGGUUCAGCAAGAAUCGUAUACUUCUGAAAAAUCAAAAUUUUUCCAAAGAAUUGUUGAACUUGAAAGCAACAUUCGAGAUCUUGAAUCUGAACGGUAUGAAUUAAAAUCUACAGUGUCAGACCUAAAAGAACAAAUUGCUUUACUAGAGAAAGGUGCAAGGUUGCAGUCUGAUAAUUUGGCUCAGACACUGGAUGACUCAUCUCAAUAUAAAGCAGAAUUGAGCUCACUGAGAUUUCUGAAUGCACAGUUGCAAACAUCGCUGGAAGAUCUGCAACAUCGCCUCACAGUUAAAUCCAAUGAAGUACAGUUAUCCCGUGAACAAGUUGUAACUUUAGAAGAAAGAAUAGAUGAAUUAAAUAAAAAGACCUCUUUGCACGCCGAUGAAAUGAAUAUGACGAGAAACACUAUUUCUGUUUUGGACAAAGAAAAAGAUAAUCUUCAGGAAACCGUGGAUGAAAAAACAGAAAGAAUUGCAUGUUUAGAAGACAACCUUACUAAUAAAGAAAAGACUAUUACAAAUUUAAGACUGACUCUUUCAGACUUGGAGGCCAACAUGGACCAUUUGAAAGAUUCUCUCAGUAAUAAAGAUCGUGAGGUGUCAAGUCUUCGUCGGCAGCUUGAUUCCUUCCAGUCAGAGCUUGGGGCAAAUGUGAGACAGACCGAAGUUACUCUUAAAGAAAACAGAAGAUUACAAGAUGAUUUAGCGACUAUGGCCAGAGAGAAUCAGACCGUUUCCUUGGAGUUAGAAAAUGCACUACAUCAAAUAGAAGACUUAAAACUGAGAGUUCAUGGAUACAUUUCUGAAAUUUCUAGGGUUGAGACAUUACUUGCAGCAAAGGAGCAGGAGAACCGUGAGCUUCUAGACCAGUUCAAGAUGAUCCACAGCCAAGCUGAAGAAUGGGAAGUCAAAGCACAAAAUGCAGAGGGGGAGAACAGCUCAGUUAGGCUGGAACUGCUUUCUGUGGAUACCGAUCGAAGACACCUGAGAGAGAAAGUUCACCAUUUGGAAAAUGAGAUCCAAGAGCACAUGAAUGCUCAUCAAGCGUAUGAAUCUCAGAUCUCAUCAAUGGCAAAAUCCAUGUCUAGGCUAGAAGAUAAGCUUAAGCAUGAGCAAAAUGAAAAGGAUGCGAUUUUAUCAGAUCUAUCUUCUGUCAGGGAGCUCUGUGUGAAGCUGGAUUCUAACAAAGAGCAUUUGUCAAGGCAGCUAACUGGCAGAAACAUGGAAUAUGAAAGGGCCUUGGAAGCAUUGGAAGAUAUGAAGUCUGAAGUGGAGCUUCUGAAGAAGCAACUUUCUAGUGAACGACUCACAAUUCGAAACCUGGAAACAUUGCUGUCCACUAAUCGGGAGAAGGAGUUUCAGAGUCACCUAUCCACCCAUGAGAAAGACUCAGAAAUUCAACUGCUUAAAGACAAACUAACGCUUUCCGAAAGUAAACUGAACAGUCAUUCUCGAGAAGUACUAAUGCUUCGAAAUAAGCUAACACAGCUGCAAUCAGAUUAUGAUGUUGCAAAAAGGCAGCUCACUACAGAGCGGUUUGAAAGAGAGAGAGCAGUUCAGGAGUUGCGUCGACAUGGUCUUAACACAUCGACUGUGCGUACAUCAUCACCACUAACCUCAACAAUGAAAUCACCAGCAGUGUCCCCUGAGCGAUCUAUUUUGAGAUCUGUUGAUAAAGGAGUUGACAAGUCAGCUGAGAAGAGUGUGAGCUUCAAGGAGUGACAGAUAUGAAAUAUUUAAAUGUACUAAGGAGGAAGCAACUUGUUAAGCUUGGCAUCAUGCAUAUACAUAUUGAUGGGGUUUGCAGGAGAUCUACCACGGUUAGCUCUAAAAACACCCCCUGGAAACAAAAAAUUUUUGUAAAAUAUCUAGGAAUAUCAUUUUCUGUGUUCUGAUUAAAUUAUAAGCCAUAUGUGUAAAAUCUAUUUUUGUACAUUAAAUAUUGUUACAUGGAAGAUUAAUUUUAUAUUUGUAUUAAUAAUGUUUACUAUGGAAUAUUGGUAUAUUUUAAGUUUAUACUUGUCAUGCUGUACUUAAACCAGAGAAUCUCACAAAAGCACUGGGUUCUUCCUUUACUAUGCAUUGGAAACAACUAUGCAGUUGUAGCAAAAUACGUUUGGAGUAUGCAUCUUUUGUUUAAAUGUUUUUUAAUUAAUGACUGAAUAACUACACUUAACGUGAGAAUAGAUCCAUUUUUAUUGCUUCCCUGCUACAGUGCCAAUUACAUAUUAGUUAUUUAAAUAUGUAAUGACUAUAAAACCUAUUUGUUUCUUACAUUUUGCCUUUUUAACUAGCUCCUCAAUUCCUGUUAUAUUAUGUAAUCUGCCUACAUGUGUAGGCUUUCCCUAUUUACAUAUUAUCUUCAAACUAUGUGGCUUGUUUUUUUUUUUUUCAACUUUCUUGGGUCCAAAUACUGUUGUUUCUGGUAGCUUUUCUUAAGGUUACCAUAAAACUUCUUUUGAUCCCCGACUCAUUCCCCACACCAGUAUUUCAGAACUGGUUUUCUAGCCCACACUCUUAAACAAAACUAACUACUCAUAUUUUUGGUUUGGCUGAAUGGAAAGACACAGACUUGAACUACGCUUUCAUUUAAUGCUUUACCCUCUUUCUCAGCUUCACGUCUUGUAUUAUUUGCAUUGUCUGUUGCAUUCAGACUGUUGGAAUUUGUAUUCUUUUGUGUUUUUGUUGAACUGAUUUGGAAGUCUUUGCUGAUAGAUCAUUCUUCUCCAUUCAAACUGGCUAAAUGUUCUGGUUACAAAGUAUAAGACAUGGCAUCCACUUAAUCUGGAUGUAUUUCAUUCCUGGUUUGUUCUCUAGCUGCCCACUAGACGAUAGUGGCUUCCGUACUAGGAAAGCUACACCUCCUCACAGCCUUGCUAUCCACAUCUUGGCUACUCCAGUCCUAUAGUCAUAGUCACUAUAAUUUAGCUUCUGCUGUGUUAUCUACUAAAGUCUGUCAAAUCCUUACGUGUGUUCAAGCUUGACAAUUGACAAGUAGCUAAAUUGCAGCCAAACCACUUUUUGUUUAAUUCAAAAAGUUCCCUCAUAUAUUGGAACAAGUAAAUGAAAUGUGCAAUGGUGCAAACUGUUACAAAGUUCAGUUUUGCUAGGUACAAAAUACCAACGAGUGUGUUUUGGCGUUAUUAUCCGUGCAAUAUAGUGAUACCUUUAAAGAACAACUGUCACCUCAAAACCAUUUUUUAAUAUAAUACGUUCAUCAAGUUUUGAAAGGAAAUAUAUAUUUGUUUUUAAUGAAAUAUAUGUAAUAACAAGUUAGAAAACUUGUCCAUGCCUUUAGUUUAUGACGGCAUCCUUCAGCCAUAUACAUGCACCUUGGGUCAGACAGAUUUUGAAAACUGACAGUCUCCAUGAUCUUUCCUGCUUCACUUCCUGCACAGCCAACAUCACAGCCUCACUUGCCGUGGUCCAAUCAAACGAUUCCCGUGAGCUGGGAGGGAGGUUUAAAUCCACUAACUGUUACUGGGGAGGGCUGCUGCUUGCAAGAGAGAAUCUCAUUACAUCCAUUGAUAGCGCAAUGAUGACAGACAUAUAUUUUUUUGCACAGAAUUCACAUUCGGCAGCCCGGAUCAGCUGGUUGUGGUGGUUGGAUUAACCCUUUAAAAUACUAGUAACACAGAAUGGUACAACUUAAAAUUAACAUAAUUACUAAUUAGCACAUCAAUGCUAAUAUAUAUAAUUUAGAACUCUAACUAUUUUGUUCUGUGGUUUUAAAUCUGUUACCUCCUCUCCACUGUGGUUAAAACGGUUACUCCAAGCACCAUGGUACUUGGAAUAUGUACGUUCAGCAUUCAAAUAGAGUUCUGGGCUGGCUAAUGCCAAGUUUGUGCAUAUUCGACGUCUGUCAUAAACAUGCACAGCAUUCCAGUGGCGGCAUAGUGAUGGGGAGUGACAGCACCAGAGGAAGAAUGAUCUUCACAGAGUGUUUAUUUGUUAUUUAUUUUUUUGUUUGUUUUUCUCUGUGUGUUCUGUAACAAUUGCACUUUUUAACGGUUUGCAUUGUAAUUUUUACUUAUGGUUUUGUUUUUCUGUUUGGGGAGUUAACAGAGCUGAUACUUUACAGUUGGUGGCAAAGUGUUCUUUAAUAGAACUAUUAACUAGCAGUGAUUCACAAUACUGUAUUUAUUUAUAAAAAAAAAUAAAAUAAAACACAAUUGUUUUGUUAUUCAAUACAAAGAAGUACAGCCUUGACCCUAAGGCACUGUAACGUGACCUCCACCCCUCCCAAACCAUUCUAUUAUUGUGGCAUAAUGUUUAUGUAAAUGGUAGCAUUGGCAUGGGCUGAGACAUAACGUAUAAACUAUAAAAUUGGUAGAAAUCUGCAUGCUACAAUGUUUAGAGUUACAUUUUAUUAACUACUUGUCAUCAACACAAUUAUGGAAUAGAAGUAUUCUUUGAAAGUAUGUUUGUCUAUUAGUAUCAUGAUCUCUGUUUAGAAUUUGACAACCACGUGAAGGAAGAACAAUUCCUGGAUGCAGUUUACAAGUGUUAAUUUUCCAAAGCUGGUUGUUUUAAAACAGUAUAGGUGCUGUUUUUUUAUCCCGUGUUUUAUACAGUUCAUUUAAUAUAUUGACAUUUUAAUAGACAAAUGUGUUUUUUGGGGGGAA